AAUAAAAAGUUUUCAGCUAUUAAGGGCAAAACUGGAAAAACUCUCUUCUCUUGAACGUCUCCAACUCUCCCCACACUUGAACUCGGGUUCACCAAAAUGUUCCUCCUCCACCGGCAGCGCGUCGCCGCCCUCCAGCUCCAAAUCCGACGCUACGCCCAAUCCGCCACAGCCGCUCUGCUCCCUCCGGACCCGGAACUCGAACCGGACUUCCCGAGACCGGACCCGAAAUACGCCGAGACAAUCUUCGCCGUUCCACGCGCCGCCUCGGGUAAGAGCAUCUCCGCCAAAGAGCGCAAGGCCGGCCGCGUCCCCAGCAUUGUCUUCGAGCAAGAGGAUGGCCAGCACGGCGGCAACAAGCGCCUCAUCUCUGUACGGACCAACCAAAUCCGAAAACUUGUGGGUCAUCUCGGCCGCUCCUUCUUCCUCUCCAGACUCUUCGACCUCGAGGUUCGCUCCGACUUCGACUCUGAAGACGACGAAGUCGUUGAGAGGGUCCGCGUUUUGCCUCGCAUGAUUCAUUUGCACUCGGCCACGGACGCACCGCUUAAUGUGACCUUCAUAAGGGCUCCUUCUCAUGCUUUGUUGAAAGUCGAUAUUCCUCUUGUAUUUCGGGGAGAUGAUGUCUCUCCUGGAUUGAAGAAAGGUGCCUAUUUAAAUACAAUCAAGAGGACUGUAAAGUUCCUUUGCCCUGCAGAUGUGAUUCCUCCAUAUAUUGAUGUGGAUCUGAGUGAGUUGGAUGUCGGCCAAAAGAUAUUAAUGGGAGAUCUCAAGGUUCAUCCGGCUCUAAAGCUUCUUCAGUCAAAAGAUGAGCCUGUUUGUAAGAUCAUGGGAGCCAGAGUUUCUGAACAAAAGAAAUCUAAAUAACUGCUAUGGUCCGCCCAUUGUCAUGAAAAUGUGCUGGCACCAUUAUCCCUUCUCAGCUAACAUGUUUAUGUGUUCGACCACACAUCUUUUGAUUUGUAAUGGCUGUGAAGGACAGGGCAAUGAAAUGUCAUUGUGAGUUUUCACCCUCAGCUUUUUCGUUUUUGGGUUUCUUUAUCUUUUGAUGAGGGAGCGCUGGCGGUCGAGGAUGCCAUUAAAGGGAGGAAGAAACUGGGUCUGCUUCGUGUAUCUUGUGAAUCUGAUCCGGAAUUCUAUGCUAAUAAGCAUUUUUGUUCAUAGAUGUUCUCAAUGGACACACUUGAAUGGAUGUCCCUUGCUCA